GCUUAUAAAGUGGCCCUCCGCGGGGUCAUAAACAAACGUCGCCUGGCUGCCAGCUCUGGCUUCGGAGCGCACGCCCAUCGUCUCUGCUCUUCGUGGAUCCCGCAGGCGCUGCCGGCCUCUCUAGCCACCGGCUCCUUUCCAUUCUCCCAGUGCUUUCGGCAGGUGACAGCAGGGACAUGUCGCGAGAGCUUCAGGACGUGGAUCUUGCUGAGGUGAAGCCUCUGGUGGAGAAAGGGGAGACCAUCACUGGCCUCCUGCACGAGUUUGAUGUCCAGGAGCAGGACAUCGAGACCUUACAUGGCUCCCUGCACAUCACCUUAUGUGGGACCCCCAAGGGCAACCGGCCUGUCAUCCUCACAUACCAUGACAUCGGCAUGAACCACAAAACCUGCUACAACCCCCUCUUCAACUCUGAGGACAUGCAAGAGAUCACACAGCACUUUGCUGUGUGCCACGUGGAUGCCCCCGGGCAGCAGGAUGGUGCUCCCUCCUUCCCAGCAGGGUACAUGUACCCCUCCAUGGAUCAGCUGGCUGAGAUGCUUCCUGGAGUCCUUCGUCAGUUUGGGCUGAAGAGUGUCAUCGGCAUGGGCACAGGCGCUGGCGCCUAUAUCCUCACCCGCUUUGCUCUGAACAACCCUGAGAUGGUAGAAGGCCUCGUCCUCAUCAACGUGAACCCUUGUGCAGAAGGCUGGAUGGACUGGGCUGCUACCAAGAUCUCUGGAUGGACCCAGGCCCUGCCAGACAUGGUGAUGUCACACCUCUUUGGGAAGGAGGAGAUGCAGAAUAACGUGGAAGUGGUGCACACCUACCGCCAGCACAUCCUUAAUGACAUGAACCCUGGCAACCUGCACCUGUUUAUCAAUGCUUACAACAGCCGACGGGACCUGGAGAUUGAGCGGCCCAUGCCUGGAACCCACACCGUGACGCUGCAGUGCCCCGCUCUGCUGGUGGUUGGGGACAACUCUCCUGCUGUGGACACCGUGGUGGAGUGCAACUCGAAACUGGACCCCACGAAGACCACUCUGCUCAAGAUGGCGGAUUGUGGUGGCCUCCCACAGAUCUCUCAGCCAGCCAAGCUCGCUGAGGCCUUCAAGUACUUCGUGCAGGGCAUGGGAUACAUGCCUUCCGCCAGCAUGACCCGCCUGAUGAGGUCCCGCACGGCCUCUGGCUCCAGCGCCACAUCCCAAGAAGGGUCCCGCAGCCGCUCCCACACCAGCGAGGGCCCCCGCAGCCGCUCCCACACAAGUGAAGGACCCCGCAGCCGUUCCCACACCAGCGAGGGAGCCCACCUGGACAUCACCCCCAACUCGGGAGCGAGCGGAAGCAACACUGGGCCCAAGUCCAUGGAGGUGUCCUGCUAGGCAGCCUGUGCCAGCCACCCUGGACUCAGAUCUCUGUAGCGGCCUCCCCUCCUGCCCUCCCUGCCCAGGCCUGCCACCCUGCGCUAACUCGGUAUUAAUCCAAAAGCUUAUUUUGAGAGUGAACUCUGGCGAUGAUAGAUUGGGUCUUUCCAAGGCCCCUUGUUGAACGAGGGUGAGGUGGCAGGGGACCAAAGGACAGAAGCAGCUCAGUGUCCUGUUUUCAUUAACUAGUGGCCUGGUUGCCACUCUCUUACCUGCCCUCAGAGACACCAAACUGCCAAAAACAAGAAACACAGAGCAGUAAACACUUCCCCACCCUGGCCCGAGCAUCCUGAUGCACUGGCAUCUUGCCAGCCACCUACUUCCUGUUUCCUGUCUGACUGAAGCCGAGCUGACUGGGUUCCUGGAAGUGAAACCAUCUCUAACCAGGGAGGGCCAGAGCAGUGAACUGUGGGUACAUCUUUUAAGUACAUAAAACAGGAAGAGGGGAGAAAGGGGUAGAACUUAAGUGGAGGCUAGAAGUAUUUGGAAAAACAAACCCAGGUAGUUCACUUUCUUCAAAUCAGUUCUUAAAUGUGGUGCAUCUAUGAGCUUUUGAGGGCCGGAGUACAUGUGCCUGACAUCCUUUAAUGUACAGUGAAAUCAGGCAGCAUGCUCUGCCAGCUUUACAAAAAGAUGGCUUUGGCAGACUUUGGUGUCACAGUAUUCUCAGGCUUUAGCUCUGCUGUUGACCUCCUCCACCACCCCUACCUCCCACCCCACAUCCUGAAGCGAGUGAUUAGCUUUGUCCAUGGGGAAGAUCAUUAGAUCUAUAGUUGCUUUCUUUGAAAUGGAGGCAAACAUUCCAGCCAGCUGUCCCAGGCCUUGAUGAGUCUCCCUGCAGGGGAGCAGGCAAGGGGGCUGGGAAUGGGAUUUGGAUGACCUGGCUAAGUGGUUUCCAUGGAAUCCAGUGUAAUGAUUUCAGUGGGCCCCACCCUUUUCCCCAGGAAUCUUGUAUGAUUAAGUUAGAUCCAGUCUCCCCUUGUUCACUUCUGAGGUUGACUUUGAACUUGAUAGCUCAGUGUCUCUGACCCAAGACUAUGAUGGGGUUUUCAGAGAGAACUUUCUGGUCUAACGAGGGAUGGGAAUUUAUGCGGGUCAUGGGCUGAGAAAAUGUGGGUUCUGGGAUCUCUGUUCCAUGGGGAUGCCUUUCCCUGGGCUGCCUUCCUGCCCCUCUAACCUCCUGCUGACCGGGCUGCACCACUGACACUCCUGAACGAUGCCUGCGCAGCUGUCGAGUUCCUGUACUACUGCCUUCUGAUUUCCACUUUGGCUAACCUUGGAUUUUCUUAGAGCGAUUUUGAUCAGAGUGAAUCGAACAUUUGUGCAUCAGCCACUGGGGUUUGGUGAUUCCCAGGACCCUAGAGUUGGUAGAAGGAAGUAGUCAUGCCAUCUAGGUGGCCGAGAGGCAAUAAUUCAGUUUACCUGCCUGUCAUCACCUUGGAGGCGUCCUCUGACCUUGUGCCAAAAAGAUCAGGGACCCAGGAGAGAGCGGCUGAGUGCGGACCAGAAGCUAUUGUACAAGUCUUUCCAGAGGAGUUUCUUAAUGAGAUAUUUGUAUUUAUUUCCAGACCAAUAAAUUUGUAACUUUGCA